AUGGAUAAAAGCGAGGUAGUUAUGGAGGAUGUAGAGAAGCAGUCACAAGCUUCGGCUAGUGAUAGACGAGAUUCGGAGGACGACCUGGUCGAUGCGCAAGUUGAUCCCCAACAGGAGCAAUUGUCCCAUCCAGAGGCCCCGGAGGAUCAAAAUUCCUGUGAAGAAAGGGCAGAGGACCAAAACAAUGUAAAAAAGGAUCCAAGCCCUGGCAAAAACGUUGUACCGGACCAAUACGCUAGUGACAAUGCUUCAGAGGAGAAAAACACUAGUGAAAUUGGGAAACCUCCUGUUGAAUUGCCUGUGGAUAAGGUUCCUAUGAGUGGGAAGAAGGAAUUGGUAGAUGAGCCAAAGGAGCCUGACAAUACAACCACUGCUUUGGUGGCUGCUGGCACUGAUGGUAUCGGUGAAAUGCUGGAGAGUAAUUUACCAAAAGAAGAAAUCCCCGUAGAUAAAAAUGAAGGUGAAGGUGAUGAUACUCCCCUUGCCAAUCAACAUGAACCAGCUACACCCAACCUCCUAGUGAAGUGUUCGUCUGCCAAAGCUGAAGUUCAAAGUGGGGACACAUUCAAGAAUGGCAUGAAUGAAUCAAAGAUGUCGGAGGAUGAUGAUGGAACACCAGAGGACCAAGCAGCAUUCAUGAAGGAGUUGGAAAGUUUCUAUAGGGAGAGGGCCAUGGAAUUUAAACCCCCCAGGUUUUAUGGGCAUCCACUCAAUUGCUUGAAGCUAUGGAGAGCUGUAAUUAAAUUAGGUGGUUAUGAUCGGGUGACUGGAUCCAAGUUGUGGCGGCAAGUGGGAGAAUCUUUUCACCCCCCUAAGACCUGCACAACUGUUUCUUGGACAUUUCGGAUUUUCUACGAGAAGGCACUUCUUGAAUACGAGAGGCAUAAGAGGCAAAAUGGUGAACUCCAGCUUCCUAUUGCUGCCCUGCCUGAGUCUUCGGUUGUCGAAAGUGAGGCAAAUGAGUACCAAGCUCCUGGAUCAGGUAGGGCACGAAGGGAUGCUGCAGCUCGUGCAAUGCAGGGUUGGCAUGUCCAGCGUCUUUUUGGUUACGGUGAGGUUGGUGAGCCAGUCAUCAAGGACAAGAACUUGAAUCAGAUGCCUAAGCGUGAAAAGAAUCUCAAAAGCAUUGGUUCACUUAAACACAAGAGACCAAGUGAAGUGGAGCAUGCUGUUAAAGCUGCAAGAACUGAAACUUCUAAGCAAUUGGUCGCGACAGUUGUUGAUGUUGGCCCUCCUGCUGAUUGGGUGAAAAUCAAUGUGCGCGAAACGAAAGAUUGCUUUGAGGUUUAUGCCCUAGUUCCUGGGCUUCUGCGUGAGGAG